GGCCGGCCGGCCGGGCGCCUCUCCGGUAGGGAGCUGGAGGACAGGCGAAACUUUCCUCCCCGGCGGCUGCGGAGAGGCACCCGCGGUGGCCGAGGCCAGCGCUGCCGGCAUGGGUCCCGACGCGCUGCAGUUCGGCGCCUGCAGCGGGGCGGCCGCCGCCGCCCUGCUCCUGUGGGCCGUGUACGUGCUCUGCAGGAGGAAAAGGAAGACUGGAGAACCCCCGCUAAUAAAUGGCUGGAUUCCUUACCUUGGGAAGGCUUUGAUUUUUAGAAAAGAUGCUUUUAAAUUCUUAGUGGAUCAACAAAAGAAACUUGGAGAUAUUUUCACUGUACAUAUUGCUGGUAGAUAUAUUACCUUUAUCAUGGACCCGUUUCAAUAUGUCUAUGUCAUCCGAAAUAGCAAGCAACUUGAAUUUCAUGAAUUUGCUAAUAAAAUGGCAUCCAAAACUUUUGACUAUCCAGCGCUGUCAAAUGGAAAAUUUCCCGAUCUCAAGGAAAACCUGCACAGAGUCUACCAGUAUCUACAAGGCAAGCCUUUGGAUAUCAUUUCUGACCACAUGAUGAAAAAUCUCCAGGAUAUAUUUGAAUGGAAAUGCUCACAAGCAACAGAUUGGGAAACAGAAAAAAUGUACAAAUUCUGCUGCUCUGUAAUGUUUGAAGCCAGUUUUGUAACACUAUAUGGAAGAGUUCCUGCUGCAGAUGGCCACAAAGUUAUUAGUGAAAUCAGAGACAAAUUUAUCAAGUUUGAUGCCAGCUUUCCCUAUUUAGCUGCAAACAUACCAAUUGAGUUGCUAGGAGCUACCAAAAAGGUUCGGAAGGAGCUUAUACAUCAUUUUUUACUUCAGAACAUGACAAAAUGGCUGGGAGGGUCAAAAGUGGUCCAAGCCAGACAAGAUCUAUUUGAGAAAUAUGAACUACUUGGAGAUUAUGACAAAGCAGCACAUCAUUUUGCCUUCCUGUGGGCCUCUGUGGGAAACACGAUUCCAGCUACAUUCUGGGCCAUGUAUUAUCUUCUGCGGCACCCAGAAGCUCUUGCAGCGGUGCGUAACGAGAUUGACCAUUUGCUGCAGUCAACAGGUCAGAAGAGAGGGCCCACGUAUAACAUCCACCUCACCAGAGAACAAUUGGACAACCUGGUCUACCUAGAAAGUGCCUUAAACGAGAGUUUACGCAUGUGCUCGUCCUCCAUGAACAUCCGCAUCAGCCAGGAGGAUUUUGUUCUCAAGCUUGAAGGGAAUCAAGAAGUCAGUUUGAGGAAAGGAGACUGGAUAGCCCUUUACCCGCAGAUUUUGCACAUGGACCCUGAGGUCUAUGAAGAUCCUAAGGAGUAUAAAUUUGAUCGAUACAUAGAAAAUGGGAAGAAGAAAACCACGUUCUACAAGGCAGGAAGAAAACUGAAGUAUUUCCUAAUGCCCUUUGGCUCUGGGAUUAGCAUGUGUCCAGGGAGGUUCCUUGCAAUGAAUGAGAUGAAGAUGUUUCUUUUCUUACUAUUGGCUAAUUUUGAUGUGGAACUAGCAGAAAACAAAGCUGUCAGACUUGAUAACAGUCGUAUGGGCCUUGGUAUCCUCCUGCCAGACAUUGAUAUUGCCUUUCGUUACAAGCUACGGCCCUCGAGAAAGUUUACUAAGUCAGUACGGCCCUUUACAGCACCUGAGAAGGAGAGUGGAUUCAUCAUCAAUUAAUGUGAAUGCUGAAAUGUGGUUUUUAAAUUAUUAUUAUUAUUAUUAUUAUUAUUAUUAUUAUUAUUUUACUUUACACAUUGUGUGUUCUCCAUUUUCGUGCUGUCACUCAGUACUGCUAUAAGCUAUUGUAAACUUUUAAAGCUGUUACACUACUCGAAAGACCAUAGUAGUCUGUGUGUACCUGUUUGCAAAUUAGACUUUCGUAUCUCUGCCAUUGUGUCCUAUUGUGCUAACACAAAAGCAUGGAAGAGCUGUCCUUUAGUUUAUGCUUUUAAACCAGCUGCAUAUCACUAUUUUUGCCAUUGCUGUUUUUAUUAAUUAUUGGCCUGUGAAUUUCUCUUAUAGAAUUACAAAUUAUAUUUUAUUCCAUCAUUACUGGACUUUCUGACAUUCAAAAGAUUGUGAAGUGCUCUUAAUUGUGCAAACUGACAUUUUGUAUAUAGAUUAACAGUGGUUAAGUUCUACUUUAAUCGUUAAUAUCCAUCUUAAAGGCUUUUAGAUCAAAUAAGUUUAUUGUGUAUUUCUGAAUAAGUAAAUUGAAACUUCAUUAUUUUAGUAAUCCAAUAUCUUGAGUGAAUUUUGUAUUUCAAGGACACAAUAAAAUGAAUAUGUCUAUUUUAA